CGUUUGUGAUAACAUAAGGAAAUUUUGCGUUACGGCUAUGCAUAGUAAUAAUUCAAUAGGUAAAAUAUUGAAAAUAGAAUUAAGUAUUUUAAGUGUUAUCGAAUUUAAAUAAUAAAUAUAUCAGUAUUGUAGAUUUCAACUCUUGAAUUUUUCUCGGGAAAAAAGUAUUAUUAUUGUAUCAAUCGGUCAUCAAUAUUAUUACUAAACGCAAAUUGAUGUGAGAAUAUUAAUAACGAUUUACAUUAUAUUUAAAGGUAUGAAAACUAAUUCAACGCUUUAAAUACUUAAAUUUUUAAAAAUUAAAAUUUAUUGAGUUUAUUCAUAAUAUAUCACUAUGGCUGCCCCUAUGGAAAGGAUACAAGCUUUAGAACUCAUAGAAAAAGACAUAAUAACUUGUUUGCAAAGUGCAGGUCAAGCAUUAUUAGAACUCAGUAAAGAAAAGUCUAGUCUUAAACAAGUAGAAAAUCAAUCUCAUCAAUUUCUAAAAAGCUUGGGAAGUGUUGAAUCCAAACUUACGGAUCAAAUAAAUUACCUCACUCAAGUAUCAACUGGACAACCUUAUGAAAACAGCGGUUAUGCAUCUCAAAAAGUAUUGCAAAUGGCUUGGCAUCGAUUAGAGCAUGCUCGCAGUAGAGUAAAAGAGCUCGAGCGAUCUAAAGUUAAAUAUAUGCAAGAACAAGAUCAAACAAAAGGAAAUAUGUCAACUUCAUAAAAUAUAAUUUUGAUGUACUGUUUAAAUAUACUUUUCUGAUUUAUAUUUAUAUAUUUUUUAGUUGUCAUUAAAAUUUUUGAUACUUGUACAUAAUUAUCUACCAAUUUUAAGUCAAUUUGUAAAUAUUCAUUGUUGAUAAAUAAUGAAUUUUUAUAACAAUUAUUAGAUAAGUAUUAAAUGAAAAGUUUAGGCCUUUAACAAUAUUAAGUGAAGUAAGUAUAUAGUGUAGGUAACAUGUAUGUUAUUAAAAUACAUAAUAGAGUAAGGAUUGUAAUCUAUAAAUAAAUUUGAUUUUAGCAAA